AUGGCGGUGAGGAAGACAGCAUGGGAAUGCCUGAUUAAUGGCGAUACCAGCGAUCUUCUAUUUCAGAUUGGAUUCACUAAGAGGUUGCCGGAGAUUCCUGAGUGCUUGUCUGUGGAGGGGAAGGACUUCCUGACCGUUAAAUCCUCCCUUUUUUCAAAAUCAUCUUCCCUUCAAAAAGAGAUGAAGAUUCUCUUUGAAUUACAAGGUUGCCCCCGAAUCGUCCGCUGCCUCGGCAAUGACCUCACUAUUGAAAAUGAACUGAUCAUCUACAACCUAUUCCUUGAGUACAUCCCUGGCGGCACGCUAGCCGACGUAAUCAAUGCCACACCUCAUGGAUUGCCAGAAUCCAACGUCCGAAGCUACACAAAGUCGAUUCUCCUCGGCCUCAAUUACAUUCACGAAAGAGGAUACGUGCAUUGCGACAUCAAGCCACAGAAUCUUCUCGUCUGCUCUUCUUCAGAAAUCAAGAUUGCUGAUUUUGGGCUGUCGAAGAAGGCCGGAGUGUCGGUGUAUGGUGAAUAUCACGUCCGUGGCACGCCCCUUUACGUCUCUCCCGAAUCUGUGGGCUGGAGUGAGUACGACCCACCUGUAGAUAUCUGGGCACUAGGGUGUGUGGUCGUCGAGAUGGCGGUGAGGAAGACGGCAUGGGAAUGCCUGAUUAAUGCCGAUACCUGCAAUCUUCUAUUUCAGAUUGGAUUCACUAAGAGGUUGCCGGAGAUUCCUGAGUGCUUGUCCGAGGAGGGGAAGGACUUCCUGAGUCGGUGUUUUAUUAAGGAUCCCAAAAAGAGAUGGACAGCUAAGAUGUUACUAAAUCAUGCAUUUAUCGUGAAUGAUUUCGUAAGAAAUGAGAUGUUGUCUGCUCACACAAGUUUGAUGCCCCCAACAGAGAAAGAUUUGAAGGAUUAUUUGCCCCCAUGUCUAUGGGUACCUCAUUUGCUUAUACCGUCUAAGCUGGCUAUUUAA